CGCAUGCGCCUCUUUUCUGGUCGUCAGCGCUGCUUCACUCGACUCCACUUCACUUACGGAGAGAGAAGGAAUACAAUUAGACACAUAAGUCAUCAGGAAGCAGAGGAGAGAGAUGGAAGACAGACAAUGGUAGAAAAGGAAGGAGUAGAAAUGGCGGUGAGACUUUGAAAACAGUCAAAUUAAGAGAUCAGAGAGAGAGAGAGAGAGAGAGAGAGAGAGAGAGAUGGCCGCGGACGUUAGCUCGAGGCGGUGGGUGGUGUGGCUGCUGCUGACCAUGGCGCUCUGCUUAUCGUGUGCCGAGGCCGGGAGAGGACAGGUGCCGGUGAAGCGGAGGCUGGAGGUGCAGCGCCACCUCAGGAGGCUCAACAAGCGGGCUGUCAGGAGCAUCAAGAGCCCAGAUGGAGAUAUCAUAGACUGUGUGCACAUCUCUCACCAGCCAGCCUUUGAUCACCCUUCCCUCAAGAACCACACAAUCCAGAUGAGGCCAGCUUUUCACCCAGAAGGCCUGCAGUUUGGUGAGAACAAGGUUGCCUCACAGAAGAGAACUCCUCCCCUGUCUCAGCUGUGGCAUCAGCAUGGGAGAUGCCCUAAGAACACCAUCCCCAUCAGGAGGACAAGGAGGAAGGAUGUGCUGAAGGCCAGCUCCAUCAGGAAGUAUGGGACGAAGAAGCACAAGAGCAUCCCAAAUCCACUGUCUGUUGACCCUGACCUUCUCAGUGAGAGUGGCCAUCAGCAUGCAAUUGGUUAUGUAGAGGGGGAUACAUACUAUGGAGCCAAGGCCACCAUUAAUGUGUGGGAACCCAAGAUUCAGCAGGCAAAUGAAUUCAGUCUCUCUCAGCUCUGGAUCCUGGGGGGAUCCUUUGGGGAGGACCUCAACAGCAUUGAAGCUGGUUGGCAGGUGAGUCCAGAUCUGUAUGGGGAUAAUAACACAAGAUUGUUCACUUACUGGACUAGUGAUUCUUAUCAAGCAACUGGCUGCUACAACUUGCUCUGCUCUGGGUUCAUUCAGAUCAGCAGUGAGAUUGCAAUGGGUGCCACAAUCUACCCCAUUUCUAGAUAUGGUGGUUCCCAAUAUGAUAUCAGUAUACUUGUUUGGAAGGAUCCAAGGGAAGGGCAUUGGUGGAUGCAGUUUGGGAAUGACUAUGUGCUAGGUUACUGGCCUUCUUUCCUCUUCUCCUACCUGGCAGACAGUGCCUCCAUGAUAGAGUGGGGAGGAGAGGUCGUGAACUCGGAACCAGAUGGUGAGCACACUUCCACUGCCAUGGGCAGUGGCCACUUCCCUGGAGAAGGAUUUGGCAAGGCCAGCUACUUCAGGAACAUCCAGAUAGUAGAUGACUCCAACAAGCUGAGGACACCCACAGGGGUUGGCACCUUCACUGAGCAAUCCAGCUGCUAUGAUGUGCAGAUUGGCAAUGGUGGUCAGUGGGGGCACUACUUCUACUAUGGAGGUCCUGGUAGGAACUCCAAUUGUCCAUAGGAACUCCUCUCUGUUUUCCUCCUUCCUUAACUCAUAGAAGGUUGUUGUGCAAAUGCUUGAUGCUUCUCUUGAUCAGUGUUUUAGCUCCCUAUGUUUCUUGUCCUUCUUUCCAUGGAAGUGUGGAGAGAGAGAGAGAGAGAGGUGAGGUUUCUUGAGAGGAACAAGCUUGUGGGCUUGUGGUAGUCUUCUUCUUGUCAUCUGUUUCUUUUGUUGGAUUUGUAAUUUUCUCCUCUGAGUCCCUUGUUCAGUUCUAAGAUGAUAGUGAAUGGACCUGUGUGUGCAUUGAUUGGUUA